GGCCGGGGGCCAGGGCCCGGGGGCUGGGAAGGAGGGCGGGUGAUGCCAGACGCCUGACUGGAGGCGGACCCAGCCGGCCAGCUGCCUCCCUUGAGCCCAGCACUUGGGCCCCCUGCCCUCACCUGCUCUCCCUGGGGCAGCUGCCUCCUGCUUGUCCGGCGAUGCGGUGGCGGUGGCCCCUGGCUGUCUCUUUUGCUGCGGUGUUGGCUGCAGGGCUGAGUAGGGUCUCUGGGGCUGCCGCCCAGCACUUGGGUAGGCACAGAGCCGAGGUCCAGGAGCAGCAGAGCCGAUCCAGGAGAGGCACUGAGGAUGAGGAGACCAAGGGGGUGCAGCAGUAUGUGCCUGAGGAGUGGGCUGAGUAUCCCCGGCUCAUUCACCCUGCUGGCCUGCAGCCCACCAAGCCGGUGGUGGCUGCCAGCCCCGAUCCAGACAAGGACGGGGGCGCCCCAGGCAGUGGGCAGGAGCUGAGGGGUAAUCUGACGGGGGCGCCGGGUCAGAGGCUACAGAUCCAGAACCCCCUGUAUCCAGUGACCGAGAGCUCCUACAGCGCCUAUGCCAUCAUGCUCCUGGCUCUGGUUGUGUUCGCUGUGGGCAUCGUGGGCAACCUGUCGGUCAUGUGCAUCGUGUGGCACAGCUACUACCUGAAGAGUGCCUGGAACUCCAUCCUUGCGAGCCUGGCCCUCUGGGAUUUUCUGGUCCUCUUUUUCUGCCUCCCUAUUGUCAUCUUCAACGAGAUCACCAAGCAGAGGCUGCUGGGUGAUGUUUCUUGUCGGGCGGUGCCCUUCAUGGAGGUCUCCUCUCUGGGAGUCACGACCUUCAGCCUCUGUGCCCUGGGCAUCGACCGCUUCCACGUGGCUACCAGCACCCUCCCCAAGGUGAGGCCCAUCGAGCGGUGCCAGUCGAUCCUGGCCAAGCUGGCUGUCAUCUGGGUGGGCUCCAUGACGCUGGCCGUGCCUGAGCUCCUGCUGUGGCAGCUGGCACAGGAGCCUGCCCCCACCAUGGGCACCGUGGACUCGUGCAUCAUGAAACCCUCGGCCCGCCUGCCCGAGUCACUCUACUCGCUGGUCAUGACCUACCAGAACGCCCGCAUGUGGUGGUACUUUGGCUGCUACUUCUGCCUGCCCAUCCUCUUCACCGUCACCUGCCAGCUGGUGACGUGGCGCGUGCGGGGCCCCCCGGGGAGGAAGCCAGAGUGCCGGGCGGGCAAGCAUGAGCAGUGUGAGCGUCAGCUCAACAGCACCGUGGUGGGCCUGACGGUGGUCUAUGCCUUCUGCACCCUCCCCGAGAACGUCUGCAACAUCGUGGUGGCCUACCUCUCCACCGAGCUGACCCGCCAGACCCUGGACCUCCUGGGCCUCAUCAACCAGUUCUCCACCUUCUUCAAGGGCGCCAUCACCCCUGUGCUCCUCCUCUGCAUCUGCAGGCCACUGGGCCAGGCCUUCCUGGACUGCUGCUGCUGCUGCUGCUGUGAUGAGUGUGGAGGGGCCUUGGAGGCCUCGGCCGCCGACAACUCGGACAACAAGCUCAAGACCGAGGUGUCCUCCUCCAUCUACUUCCACAAGCCCAGAGAGUCACCCCCGCUCCUGCCCCUGGGCACGCCUUGCUGAGGCUUGAACAGGGGCAGGGUGGGAGCCAGGAGCUACGUCCCCCAGGUGUCUGGCUGCGUCUUUCCCUAUAGGUCUUGCUUCGCUGCCCGUCUUGCUGUCUAGCGAUGGACUUGGUUCCUUUUGUCAAGGAUCAGGGACCCCAAGCAGGGCCUUUCCUGUCACUUGUGGGGCCUUCCAGCCCCGUCCUUUCUACUGGUGGUCAGUGAUGCUUCUAGGUCCUUAGAGCUGCCCCGGAAACUCUCAGUCCCACCAGCUGGGAGCCAGAACUCUGCCUGCCCUCUCUUGGUUCCGGCCCUGUGUCCCCUCUCUGCCUUGGGACCUGACUAUAUUUUAAUUGUGCCGUCUCCAAACAUCAUGUCUUGUCCCACCCUGGGGCCCCAUCCUGGAAUGGGGGCGCUCCGUGGGGCCAGUCUAAAUCUGCUCAGUACUCUCUUUUCUGGACCGGAUCUGUCCUGGCCCUGGAUGCCACCACCUCCUGGCGCCUUCUCUUCUUCCAGAGGAUUUCUCUCUCCUUCCUCCUCUUUUGAGAUACCCUGGGUUGCCCUGUCCCAGCCUCCCUUGUUAAGAGCUUCCCUAUAGAAGUCCCUUCUGAAAAACAAUAAACUAGGUAGAACUAUC